CCCAGUCACUGGCAAUCAGUGAGAAGCUGUCGACUGUCGAGCGUGGAGGGUGAACCGUGUAAUUCAGGGACUCAUCGAGCCAUCCGUACGUUAUAUUUCCCCGGCGUGUGUAUAAACGGAGGUUGAGCUUUCUCUACACUUGAAUCAUUUGACCGUUUCUGAGAGACGGAGAGGCUAAUUUAGCGAAGGUAAAGGCAGUUAAGAAAGGCAGGCAAGAAGGAAGUGGUAGCUUUGAAAAGCCGUCGAAGUGUCAUGAGAGGCGGUUUCACGAUCCGCCCUCCUACAUCGUCCCUCCUGGAGUCAUGUAUGUCGCGCCCUUUAAACGAGCUGCAGCAGGACAUGAUACGCAGACGAGUAACACAAAUCAGCAACAGUCCCAGCUGCAACAGGGAAAUGGAAAAGCAUGGCCGGAAGGAUCAGGAGAUAUGGUGGGGUCAGCAGCAAUCGGCAACGGUUGGGAAGGGGGGGCGCAGCUCCAGCAACAAGGAACGGGGGGUGGUUUGGGGGAUGACGAAGACGGGGGUGGAGGGGGCGGAGGGUUGGAGGGGACGGACGCAGCGCAGAACAACGCUAUUCACCUCAAGAGACGGGUGGGACUCGUCAGUGGGGUGGCUCUAAUCGUCGGUACUAUGAUCGGUUCAGGGAUUUUCGUUUCGCCGUCGGGUCUCCUUGUGAGAACCGGUAGCAUCGGGGUGAGCUUCCUGGUAUGGACAGCCUGCGGUAUUUUGAGUCUCUGUGGAGCCUUGGCUUACGCGGAGUUAGGGACGAUGAACACCAGCUCGGGGGCAGAGUAUGCCUACUUUAUGGAUGCUUUUGGGGCACCUCCAGCCUUCCUUUUCUCGUGGGUAUCAACCUUGGUGUUGAAACCUUCUCAGAUGGCAAUAAUUUGCUUGUCCUUCGCUCAGUACGCGGUCGAGGCGUUUGUAGCGGAGUGUAAUCCUCCCGAGGAAGUCGUUAAGCUGGUCGCCAUACUGGCCAUUGUUGUAAUACUGCUUGUGAAUUGCUACAGUGUAAAUUUGGCGACUAGUGUUCAAAACGCGUUUACAGCUGGUAAACUCAUAGCUAUUCUUGUAGUGAUAGUCGGUGGGUCUUACAAACUUAUACAGGGAAAUACUCAGCAUCUCUCAGGGGCUUUCGAUACCGUCGCAUCUUUAAACGUUGGGAGAUUGGCCACCGCUUUUUAUACGGGCUUAUGGGCCUACGAUGGUUGGAACAAUCUCAAUUACGUCACGGAAGAGAUUAAAGAUCCUUCAAGAAAUUUACCGAGAUCCAUUAUGAUCGGUAUCCCUUUGGUCACACUCUGCUACGCCCUCAUCAACAUCUCUUACUUGGCGGUCAUGUCACCGUCUGAAAUGGUCGAGAGCGAAGCUGUUGCUGUGACAUUUGGUAAUCGAAUUUUGGGUGUUAUGGCGUGGCUAAUGCCAUUGUCUGUAGCUGUGAGCACCUUUGGAUCAGCCAACGGGACUCUAUUUGCUGCAGGACGACUUUGCUUUGCAGCAUCUAGGGAAGGCCACCUCCUUGAUUGCCUAAGUUACGUCCACGUUCGACGUUUUACUCCGGCUCCUGGUCUCAUCUUCCAUUCCCUUGUAGCAGGUGCGAUGGUUCUUUCUGGUAGUAUAGACUCCUUGAUUGACUUUUUCUCCUUCACCGCCUGGAUAUUUUAUGCUGGAGCGAUGGUUGCCCUACUGGUCAUGAGGAAAACCAGGCCCGAUCAUCCGCGACCAUAUAAAUGCCCUCUGCCGAUACCUAUACUGGUACUCGGUAUCUCUGCGUACCUGAUAGUGGCCCCCAUAAUUGACAAACCGCAAAUCGAAUACUUGUACGCCGCCGGGUUUAUAGCCGCUGGAAUGCUAUUUUACCUACCAUUUGUCAAGUAUGGAUACGUCCCGAAAUUUAUGGAGGGAGUAAAUGCUUUUCUGCAAAUGAUGCUAGAGGUGGCACCGACUGCCUCUGCCUUUGACUGAUACGUCACUCUAACGGCCAGUUCACCAGUUGCCGAAUCAUUCCAAUGUGGGGCUGGAAACUGUAUACUUUUACUAAACGAUAAUGACAAAUAUAAAUUAUAUGGAAUGGAAUCUUUGGAGUUAUUAUCAAUGCUCAAGGCUGGCUCAAAAGAUCCAUACAUAUGACCAGAUUAAGAUAUUAUUUUAUUACUCGUUAUACUUGGUAUAGUAUACAUCUAUGUUAUACUAUGAUGUUGUUUGUUAGAAAUAGCAAUAAACGUUGUACUGAAGGAAUAAAAUCAAAACAUUAAAUUGUUGCACUUCAAAAUC